AUGUCACAAAAUAUCACAGUCCUCGUCGAUGAUCAAGACAGCCGCAUCAAUUAUCUCUGCCCUUCGCUGAAGCAGGUUGUCGCUGGCUCUUAUUCCAACAAUACAUGGACCACCAUUCAGAGCGCUGAUUGCAGCAAUGGAUGGUUUGAAUACGUCUUUUACGGCACGGGCGUUCACAUCGCUGCCUCCGUCGCUCACCCCACUCAGAACGUCUCUGUAAAGCUUGACGAUGGUCAUUUCGUCGCUCAACCUGGAAACGGUCAUUAUGACUCCCCCGUUCUGGCCGACGGGCGCCACACAGUCACUUAUGCCAUUGGCAAUGUCAGCCUUGUUCCUGUCUUCGACUACCUCACCGUGGAUGCAGGUCCCUCAACCCCAUUGAAUGGAAGCACAUUGAUCGUUGACGAUUCCGACUCUGCCAUUCAAUAUAGCGCUGGUUGGACCACCAAUCCACCCCAUCCACUUUCUUUUGAUUACUCAACCUCUCUGUAUAAAAAUACAACGCACUGGAGUUCCGCAGUUGGCGAUACUCUUGAAUUUAAGUUCACAGGAACUUCCAUUUCUGUUUUUGGUCUUUUUUCCAAUAUCUCAGCGGGCGGGAAUAUUUCAGCAACUUACUCUAUCGAUGGAAAUUCGACAACACAAUUCGUUCCCCAGGGAUCAUUCGACUCCGUACCCAUGACGCAGCUCUUCCAUGCUGACCUGCAGGCGGGAAAUCAUACACUAUUUGUAAACGUCACGAGCAUCACAUCGCCUAGAGCGCUCGGGAUUGAUUUCAUCGCAUACAAUUCAUCCGUGACAAGCGUUGCUGCCCUUCCUGGGUACACUCAAACGCCUCUUCAAGCCGCCUCGACAACCCACCACUCUUCUGCAUCCUCGUCGAUACACGCAUGGGCAAUAACCGCCAUAGUUCUUGGGGUUGUCUUAGUUUUGGGUCUCCUCCUUGGUGGCGUUCUCUUUGCCCGGCGCCGCCGUGCGAGGCGUACGGGAGAGAAUGGUCUUCAACGGGGACUUAAGUUCUAA